AGGCCCUUGGCUCUCGGAAUCCUCGGGGUCUCGCUGCCAUGGCGGAGGCGCUCAUUGAGAGCUCCUUCCGGCGGCUGCUGGCAGCACUGGAUUCGGAGAGAGACCAGAUCCGGCAGGCCUGGCAGCGGCUCACUGAGGAGAAGGACCAGACCACGGAGGGCCUGGAGCGCCUCCGGGCGGAGACGGAGGAGUGGUGCUACAGGGAGAAGCUGAAGAUCGAUGGGGAGUGGCAACGUCUGAAUCGGCUCAGCGAAGACAUGGCCAAGAUGUGGCCCCCCACUCUGGAGGUGCUGCAAAUCAACUGCUCGGGCGAGGUCUUUACGGUGCCCAGGGAGACCAUGUGCAGCAUCCAGGGCAGCGUUUUGGCGGAGAUGUUCAGCCAGGAGUUCAUUGCGGAGAUCCCGCGGGAUGAGGAGGGACGCUUCUUCUUAGACUUCAAUCCUCAGUGCUUCAGCCUGGUGGUGGAGUAUUUGCGGAACCGGCGCCUGCGCCAGGACGCGCCCUUGCCCGUGGUGCCAGUGGUGCAGAAGCGGAAUAUGGAGCUGUUGGCGGAGGCCUGGAAGCUGUGGCCCUUUCUGAAGCCCAACCGUAUGAACCCGCUGCACGGCUCCUCCCUGCAUAUCGCCAGCCAAGAGAGCGGCGGGAAGACCGUGGAAGUGCUGAGGGCCACUCACCCUGGCUGGCAGGUGGUGGGAGCGGAGAACCCGCUUCCAGUGGCCAGCCCCGCUUACUUCGAGGUCCAGGUCUUGAUGAACCCGGAUGCCCGGGGCGGGCUGGCGGUGGGAGUGUGCAAUCGACUGCCGCAGGGCCCGGAGACUCAUUCCAUCCGGCUCCAAACCUGUGUGCUCUACAACAGCAACAACGGCCUCAUGGGUGACGCCAUCGGCGACCACAACGUGGUCGCCGGCUUGGCGCUGAGCGCCGGGGAGACCAUCGGCAUACGGAACGACGUGGCCGCGGAAGCCCUGCAGUGGUACCACAACGGGAACUUCAUCGGCACUUCCACCUUCAAAACCCGAGAAGACUGGCCGUGCGUGUACCCUGUCUUCGGCAUGUACGUGCCAGGGCAAUCCAUACUUGUGGACUUUUGUGCGAUUCCUCCAAGACCACCAUCUGAAUGAGAUGCCGAUCUUCCGGCACGUGUCACCACUAGCUGGUUUCACUGCUUCUCACCCGAGUGCUUGCAUAGCCUCACUUGGACACUUGAAAACAUGCGCGUUGGCCAUGCAGAGGCAUCAGAAGCUGUUGAGGCCAGUCCGGCCAUUGGGUGCUUUGCAGCCAGAGAUCGCCC